AUGGUCGGUCUCUCUUCGAACUCGAGCUGCCUCUCAGGCGCAGCUCCCAUCCAACUAACCUCAAGCUUCCACUGUAAUCUUGGAUUCUACUGCCCCAACAAUUCCGCACUCCACCCUCCAGAAUUCUGCGCGCCCACCGCAUCAUGUCAAGCAACGCGCCUGGAGUCUCCCUCAACGCCUUGCGUCGAAUCUCAAGGCCUGUAUCAGCCAGUCGUGUGCCCACCUGGAAAAUUCUGUCCUCAGGAUGGCCGCGAAAUGCUGUCCUGUCCUAAGGGAUCGUACUGUCCUGUUGGAACAUACGACCCUUUUCGUUGUGGUUUGACAAGUAUCUGUCCACUGGAGAGUAGUCGGCAGUUCUCCCUGCUCGGUUUCAUCAUUAUUGUGGCGAUUGAUGUGGUGAUGGGGUUACUGUGGUGGCGCGAUUGGAGGAAGCUGAGGAGCAAGAAUCGGAGGUCUGACGUUGAGAGGACGUCGUCUCAAGAGACUCUCUGUAGUUCUGACGACGAUGCUAGUGUCAAAGCUUUCAUGGCAAGCUUUGCGCGGUGCGUGAAGACGAGUAAUAUUGGUCUCAGCUUUGCCUUUUCUGAUCUUACGUAUCGACCGAAGAGCAUGGAUCGUGAUAUUGUAUCUGCGAUUAGCGGAGGAAUUGAGAAAGGAAGCAUGUGGGCUGUGAUGGGGCCUUCUGGGUCGGGGAAAUCAACUUUCGUCGAUCUACUUAUGGGCAACCGGAUUCCCAGCAAUGGCAGUAUAUCUGUGAACGGAGGGCAGGCCGAACGAUCAAAGUACAGCAAGUUGAUCGGCUAUGUCCCGCAAGACGACGUUUUACUUCCCGAACUCACAGUGCGCGAGAACAUCCUCCACUCUGCGCGCAUCCGCCUACCUCGCUCGUGGACGGAAGCGCAGCGGAACGAUCACGUGGACCGACUCCUGGAUUGCUUGCAUCUCACCCAUACUCAACAUAGAACCGUUCGCAACAUUUCGGGCGGCGAAAGGAAACGUGCCAGCAUCGGCAUCGAGCUAAUCGCCGGACCCAUGGCACUCUUCCUCGACGAACCUACUUCUGGAUUGGAUUCUACUUCCGCACUCUCAUUAGUCGAGCUGUUGAAAGCGCUCUCCCAAAUGGGCGUCACCAUCGUCUGCAUCAUCCAUCAGCCGCGCCGCGAGAUCUUCGAGGUCCUAGACAACGUCCUCGUAUUGAAGAAAGGCGAGCAAGUCUUUCAAGGCCCAAGGGAAGGAAUAGUCCCCUUCUUCAAAAACCGGGGGUUCUCCGUCUCGGAUGCCGCGAACCCUGCUGAUGCGAUCCUUGAUAUUGUGUCGGAGCGAAACCCUAUUAUAGAACCACCCCAGAUCUUUAACAUGCACGGCUCAAAGCUCGUCAUGGACUGGGAAGAGUACUGGAAGAAAGCUCUUCCCCCUAUCCCAAUCACCGUAUCCGAUGAUCCACUUCCCUCCACGAGCGGGAGAAGCGCGCCGUGGCUGCUGCAAACGUAUUUCUGCCUCACCCGCGCAUUGAAACAGCAACAGCGACAGCCGGUCAGCUUCUACCUCGAGAUCGGUGUCGGUGCGGUAGCCGGACUGCUCAUUGGUCUUGCCCUAUAUCCGUACAAAGGAUUGCAUUUCCAGGGGUUGUAUCUGCCACCGUUUGAGCUGCUGAGUUCGGCGGUGGACUACAAGACUGUGCCGAUGAUCAGCUUGAUGUGUUGUAUGGCGAUUGGGCUGGCGAGUGCGUCGCCAGGGGUGAGGGUGUUUGGGGAUGAAAAGGAUACGUAUCAGCGAGAAACGCGCUCCGGCCACAGUCGCUCCGCAUACUACACAGGAAAACUCCUCUCUACGAUUCCUAGGAUCCUCCUUUCUUCACUGCACUUCACUUCCUUCUACGCCAUUCUUGCGACACCCUGUAUUUCGUUCUGGGAUAGCUACGUUACGAUCGCGCUCUACUUCUACGCCAUCUACGGUCUCGCUUCACUGGUCUCUGUGGUUGUCUCGCGGGAAGAUGGCCCGCUCUUUGCUACUAUCCUGUGCCUCGUGAUUAGCGUUCUGGACGGGCAUGGGCCGCCCUUGGCUACCGUGCACGAGUGGCAUUUGGAGUGGAUGUGGAGGAUGUAUCCUGGAACGUGGUUCGCCGAGGCCUGGAUGGAUCGCUUUCUACGCUGCGCUGCGCAUUUGUAUGACGUGGAUAAGGCGGCCGCAGCGACGAAGUGGGUGCUGGGGAGGUAUUCUCUGGACUUGGGUAUGGUCUUCAUUAUUGGGAGUGUUUAUCGCGUGCUCGCGUUCGUUGGACUUGUCUGGGCGCCGGGAUCGAGACGGUAG